GGAGCUCUGAUGAGCUGGUGCCCGUCGCCGUUCAGAUCUCGCCGCCGGUGGUCCCAGUCCUGCGCGCACGCCGGCGCACGCGCGGGGGGGACCGCGCCUUCAUCCCACCGCACGCACCGCUCCCGCAGGGCGCACGCACGGUCCCCUUCUUGAGCUGUAUGUUUGUUGAAAAACACUUCCUGAGCUGUAUCUAUCUCAGGUCCCAAAACAAGGAUGAAAGGCCAAGACAUUAAUCAAAGCGAGCAGGCCAGAGCGAUGCCGGCAAGCGGUCACGUACAUGAUCGCGGCCAUGGGGGACACGACGAGCAAAGCGAGGCCACAAGGAUCCAAGGAGCCAGUGGUUCUCGAGGCCGCUGUCCCCGGCUGGAGCUGCACCAAGUCGUGCGUCGCCAGUAUUAUAUACUAACACUAGCGACUAGCGAGAGCUAGCUGCAGCAGCCGUGCGUGCGCAGGCACGAUAGUCGUCUCUGCCCUCUGAAACGGAUCUCAUGGUCUUCGCCUAUAUAAGCCGGCUACCUCCUGAGCUCCGUUCAUCCAUAGCAACCAAAGAGAAACAAAUUCCACUUCACUUGCACACAGGCAGUAGUGUGCUCAAUCAAGGGAUCAAGGAGGAGCAAAUUAAAAAGAUCGAGUUUGCUCGCUCUAACAAGAAGCAAGGAUGAAGCUUGUUGGGAGCAGCAGCAAGAGGAGAGGAGGGCCGGGCAGGGCUCUCAAGGAGCACAAGGCGAGGCUCUACAUCAUCCGCCGAUGCGUCGUCAUGCUGCUCCGCUGGGAUGACUAGCUUACAACCACAGCUAGUCGCGUGCGUCUCGCAUCGCAGGGCGCUGAUGUUUGCCUUUUGACCGUACUUUUCGGUUCUUGAUAUACCUGCCGGAUUUUCCCCAUCAUGGAUCGGUGAUGGGUGCUGCUGCUGCCCCGACCCCUUUUUGUGAUAGAUCUCCUGAUCUAUUGUUACGUGUGUAAUCUAUAGAUGGUGAGGAAGACCUUAGGAGGUAGUAGAGCUGUAGUGCAGAGGUGAUUAGUGUGCUGGAAUCAUGUCCGAAGGACAUGUUUUGACUUUGUAUGUUCCGUAGUGCAAACGCAAGAAAAAAAAAUAUAUAUGAUUGAAGUGCAGAAAAGGGGAAAUCCCAUGACUUUCA